ACCAUUUCGAGCGCAUUGAUCUUUGGAGCUGCAAGAGUGGCGCGACCAUCGCCUCCUCUGAAAACAACGAAAAGCGGAGAUGUGCUGGCCAGUGAAGCCAGCCGGUUACAUAGGGACUCCAACGCCGCGGGACAGUCGUCGUACUGGGCUUUGACAGCCGUGGAACUGACGAAUGGCAGCUUUUCAAAACGACCUGGGAUCCGUCGCAUUUUGUUUGAGAGCUUGACGCAGGCGAAGGGCGGCGUGGAGUCUGCCAUUCAAGCUGUCCAGGCGACGGCUGGUUUGAAGAGAAGUACGUCAUGUGCCCAUUUUGGCCAGAGUCAACCUUCCAUGUGACAUUGGUUAUUCACCGUGCGAUUCGCUAUGCAGGCACGAAACCGGUACUCCUUCUGGUGAAUCCUUUCGGCGGGACAAAGCGAGGAGUGAAGAAUUACGAGCAAUAUGUUAGACCUAUGCUGCACUUGUCCGAAACGCCCUUCGAAUUGAGGAAAACGACACAUCAGCAGCAUGCGACGCAGAUUGCCCAGGAGAUUGAUAUUGACGCGUACUCUGCUAUCGUGACGAUCAGCGGCGACGGGGUGUUUCACGAAGUGGUUCAUGGCCUGCUAUCCCGACGUGAUUGGGAACAGGCGUCGAAGCUUCCCAUCGGGCUAAUCGGAAGUGGCACCGCCAACGCCCUGGGGAAGAACUUGAUGUGCGGAUCUAUAGAGUUGGCCACCUUGGCCGUUAUCAAACUGCGAACGCGACCCAUGGACGCCUUCUCCAUCACACAAAACGACACCGUGACGUACUCCCAUUUACAGCUCAUGUGGACUCUGCUGGCAGAUGUCGACUUCGAGUCGGAAGCAUACAGAUGGCUUGGCGCCGAACGCAUGACGGUCGCGGCCGUCAUCCGUCUCAUCCGCAUGCGAACAUACCAUGGCAAGCUCUACCUGCUUCCAAGCGACAAAGCGCAUGGCGCAGGCCCGUCCAGAUCAAGUUCCCCGACACCCAAGGGAAACUCACCAUCAUCACCCGCAACAUACGGCCCACAACGCAUCUAUACCGCCGACCCCAAGGCCCACCUUUCAUGGCCCACCAUCAUCGACUCCUCCUUCAACUACUUCGUCGCCACCAACCUCCCUUGGAUUUCAGAUGACUUCAUCGUGACCCCACACGCCCGCAUCGCCGACGGCGACAUCCACGUCGUAUGGUCGGAAAAGAUGUCCUUCCGCGAUGCCCUGCGGCCGCUUCUCGAUCAGGGCACCGGUGCCUACAUUGCUCAGCCUUCAGUGAAAGCCGAACGGGUGAAAGCUCUAGUAUUGGAGCCGCAGGGAUGGACGUGGGAUAAGGAGAGGAAAGCAGGAUCGAAAAUGCACGAGGGGGAGUUCAUGGAUGUCAGUGGGGAGAGGGUACCUUAUGUGACCACCAAGAUGGAGAUACAUCCUGGCGUAUUGAACGUCCUGUGUCCGGACUGGUUGGAUGAGAGCGCGUGGACCCGCGCGUAUGAGAAGGCUACCAGGGGUUCAUAAGCGGAUACGGAAGUACGCUGAAGCUGGAAUGGCUGAAACCAUGGAACUUGUGCACUUUUAUUCCUGUAAACCUACUCUGUAUAAUUGGACUCUCAGCCCUAUGCUACAUUAUGUAACUAGUCUAUGUAGCGUACAAACACGUGCUUCGCUGCACACGGCAGGAUGGUGAAGUGAGUUCCCAUAAAUAUCUUCGAGUAGU